AUGGUUUACAGCUUGCACGAUCGAACCAUUCCAAAGUACCAUCCUUCCUGCAAGGCCGCUUACAGUCUGCAGAAAUUCGAUUUAUGGCCAGUUGACCUGAUGUACACCAACAGCGUAGCGAUGGUCAAACCAAGCGUUUUGGGCUUGUUAGCUCAUACAGGUCUCUUGGUUCAACUCGUCAAUGGUAUGGCAGACUUCCAGCAGCACUGCGAGUCCUUCGCGUCUUCGGUUGGUGGUGUCAAUUUCACGACAGAGUACAUCACGUCUGGAACAGAACUCGCUCUCACGGAAGCCGAUACCACGUGUGGCAUCUUCACCCAGUCUGUAAAAGUCAAUCUCUGCCGCAUCACAGCUCAAGUCCCUACCUCGAACCGUUCCGGAUUCUGGUUUGAGGCAUGGCUACCCGAGGACUGGUCCGGCAGAUUCCUUGCGACGGGAAACGGCGGACUGGGCGGCUGUAUCCAGUACUACGACGUCGAAUAUGGUGCCUCUCUCGGAUUCGCAACCAUCGCGACGAACAAUGGACAUCAGGGGUACACUGGAGCCCCCUUUCUCCACAAUCUCGACGUCAUUCAGGACUUUGCCUACCGCUCUAUCCAAAAUGGUGUUGUCGUCGGCAAGGAAAUCACUCGAGAGUUUUACGGAGAGGCCCAUGAUAAGAGCUACUACCUUGGGUGCUCCACUGGCGGACGCCAAGGAUUGAAGGCAGUCCAGUCUUUCCCUGACCUGUUUGAUGGUGUCGUUGUCGGAGCGCCUGCUAUCGCCUGGAACAACCUGACGUCGUGGGCCACUCAGUUUCAUCCCCUUCUUGGGACGCCCGAAUCUGCGACGUUCAUUCCUCUGGAUAUGUGGCCUACCAUUCAUCAGAACAUUCUGGAUCAGUGCGAUCAGCUUGAUGGCGUUGCAGAUGGUAUUUUGGACUCACCUAAUCUCUGCGAUUACAACCCCGACGGCCUCUUAUGCACUGAAGCUGAAAGCACUGGCUGCCUCACAGGCACACAACUUGAGACACUCAAGAGCAUUUACUCACCUGUGCUAGAUGCGGCCGGAAGUCUGGUCUACCCCAAGAUGCAGCUCGGAUCGGAGUUCACCGGAGCGGUGGACAGUUACUUUUCCGGAGCAGUCUCACCUGUGUCAGACUGGUGGCGUUAUGCCAUUUUCAACGACUCAAACUGGGAUGCCAUGACCCUACGUCCCGAGGACUACACUGUUGCUUCCGGCCUCAACCACUUCAAUAUCGACACCUGGAACGGUGAUCUAUCGGCUUUCCAAAACCGCGGCGGUAAGCUUCUUCACUGGCACGGUUUAGCCGAUGGUGUUCUGUCGAGUGAGAAUUCCCCUCGCUAUUACGAACACGUGUCGCAAACCAUGGGAAUGAACUCGGAGGCUCUUGACGAAUUUUACCGAUUCUUCCGUAUCUCUGGCAUGUCACAUUGCGGCAGCGGUAAUGGGGCGACCUUUAUUGGCCACCAGUCAGCAAGCACUGCCAGUAUGGCCCCGGAAGAAAAUGUGCUGAUGGCGAUGGUUCGAUGGGUCGAGAGCGAAGUCGCCCCUGACACCAUCAUGGGAACCAGGUACAACAAUGAUACCAGGGAUAGUGGUGUUGAUUUCAGACGCAGACAUUGCAGGUGGCCGUACCACAAUGUGUACCAAGGCGUUGGCGACUACAAAGAUCCUGAUACUUGGAAGUGUGUGGUAUAA